ACGUUAUUUUUGCAUGAUUCAGUUCAUGGCAGAUACCAGUAGUUCUGUCAAUAUUAUCCAAUGAGGGAGUAGUGGGAUGGUCAUCAGCAGGCCUUAGUCUUCCACAAUGGUGAUACUCAUCAUGCUUGUCAAGAGCUUCAUCUUCGUUAUAUCUGCUUCUGGUGCAAUAUUGGAUCCAACAAGCAGAGCUGUCAAGUCGGUGACACUGAGGGAAUCCAUCCUGGGGGUGGAGGAGCAGAAAACUAAGACACUCCAAGUCACUCUGGUGACAAGAGGAACAGUGACAUUCUGGUUUGAAGUGAGUGAUCCUUCAGCAGUGAAGUUUUCACCAAAUCAUUUCACCAUCCCUCAAGGAGAACAUGUUCAGGAGGUUGAAAUCCAAGUGCUAAAGAUUGGACACAUUGAUGGUGCACUCAAUGCCACCAGUCCCUUACCAAGGAUCAUGUACGUCAUCAGGGUGCACCCUGCAGAGGAGAUAGAUGAUGCGAUGGUGCUGUUAUCAGUACUGGCGCAUGUGAAAUUGGAGGUGACUUCUCCACAUACUAUCGUACUCAGACUCGAAGGAGAUAAUCGACUCCGGAAGAAGACCAUUGAAGAGAAACUUGGGAGCCUAUAUUCGUCCGUGAGAUGGCAUGCAGACGACGCGGACAUCGAAAAAUGUCUCAAGACGGAGGAAGUCCGAGCCAAAUAUAAUGUUGUCUGGCCUUGGGAUGGGGCAUUCCAUGUGAAUGUUUUCCAUUCCUACACUGUGGACCUGAUUGCAGACCUAGUUGGAUGGAUAUACUUCUUCGCAUGGUCUAUUUCCUUCUAUCCACAAAUCUACUCCAACUGGAGGAGGAAGAGUGUGGAGGGCCUGAACUUUGAUUUUGUGAUUCUCAACAUCACUGGCUUUAUUGCCUAUGGCCUCUUCAAUGUUGGACUCUACUGGGUACCUUCUGUCAUGGCGGAGUAUCAUAGGCUUCAUCCAAAAGGAGUGAAUCCGGUGCAACUGAAUGAUGUUGUCUUCUCUCUCCAUGCCACAUUUGCAUGCAUCAUCACUGGAAUCCAAUGCUGCAUUUAUGAGAGGGGGGACCAGAAAGUUUCUGUGGUGGCAAUGGUACUUAUGGGGAUGAUAGGAAUAGUGGUUGCUAUUUCUCUCAUCCUCACACUCCUUGUCUCUAUCACCUGGCUCACCUAUCUCUACAUUUUCUCCUAUGUCAAGCUUGCCAUCACAAUCAUCAAGUACUUUCCUCAGGCUGUAUUCAAUUACAGGAGAAAGAGCACUCAGGGCUGGAGUAUAGGGAACAUCCUAUGUGACUUCACUGGGGGAGUCUUCAGCAUCUUACAGAUGUUCAUGAUUGCUGCAAACAAUGAUGAUUGGGGUUCGAUAUUUGGAGACCCAACCAAGUUUGGGCUUGGUCUCUUCUCAAUCCUCUUUGACUUCCUUUUCAUGUUCCAGCAUUACUACCUGUAUCGGGACAGAAAUGCAUACACACAACUGAGCGAGGAGACCACAGCCAUCACCAGGAGGGAAGGGUGUGACUGGGAGUAGAAGGAAACAUGAGGCCAAGGAGGGCAUCGUUGAAGAAUGUUGCCUCCUUGCUGGCCUGUAUCAAUUCCCUCACUCUAUGUGACAGUCCCUCUCUCAUUGCAUCCAAAAAAUUCUGCACCCCUAAAAUUUUGUUUCUUAAAAAAUGUGAUGAGAUUGUCAUCAUCUUCAUGGUACAGUAGGAUCUCAAGGCCAGAGAGGACAGGGAGCCUCGUACAGAACGUGAGAGAUUGCUGGCUGAUGCCCAUUGGAGGAAGCAGUGGAAAGAAAAGGUCUAGGCCUCACAGGACAUCACCAAAUAUUCAGUAUUCUGUUUAUUUUGGUCACAUAUGAGAAAAAGUAAUUAUUUGUCCAGAAUUUGUUCAUUUGUAAGCAUGGCCCAAUGGGGAGGCAUGACUUCUAUAAUACAUUCAUAUUCAAGUUUUGAAGCAAUGCAUGAGAAUCUGCAGAGGGAAGCUGAAUAAGCAUGAGUAUCUGCUGAACAAGGAUACAGACUAACUGCAUACAAAAACAGGGGAAAAUAUGAAGAAAAGAUAUACAAU